UUAAGUAAUUAUGUAUGUAACAAUAAUAGUUUUUCUAUGAAAUGGGACUUUUUCACACCUCUCUAAGGGGCGCUAAUCUGGCCUGUUUUUUGACAUUUUUUUUUUAUAGAAAUUUUUAUUCUACAAUAGAACUUUUUCACAUAUCAUGAGGUAUAUCGUGGAGUGUAUAAACAAAGUUUUUCGGAAUUUUUUGAUGACAUCUGUCGGAGAAAUGGCUGGGUGAAAAGAUACUUUUUUUUUUUUUUUUUUUACUGGCGGACACGAUUUCUCUUGUUUGAAUCAUCUGAAACACAAAAACCCAAUUUAUUCUUAAAAAGUACGUGAAUGGUUAUAGUCCCUACUAGAAUCAAUGAGGCAGAAUGGUAAUCUUUCCGGAAUUGAUCUUUUUGAAGACGUUACUUAGCACAGAUCUGCGUUAUUAUGUUUUCCCAUUUAAUAACUUACAAUUACUUUUAUUAUGCAAAUAUAUUACACAGGUACUGUACGAUACCACAUCUUAGUGCGAAUUAUACUUAAUUAUUGCAUUUUAUGAUUUAGGCCGUUGCUUUAAAUCUUGCUUUAACCCGCCAUGGCAUUGAUUACAAGCUAAUGCUAUGUGUUCUGUUGCUGAGUAGCAGUGAAUAUCUGUUUUUUCUUUUGCUUCCCUCAAAUAUUUCAUAGAUACCACUUAAAAUUUUCAAGUGUUGUGACAACACUUUAUAAUGGUAUUAAAAUUUUUUAUUGAGAACUAAGUUAAUGACAUGUUAUUUAUCAGAAAUAUUAAAAAUUUAAAACAUUCAGCUAUAAAUGAAAUUAUUUGGAAGUUAGUGAGCUUACAAAAUGGGCGCGAAAUAUAAGAGACUGACAUGCAAUGAAAAACUAAUAUUUUUAAUUUAUUCUAAUUUACUUUCUUUUACUUUAUAAAUGAAAUUAGUGCUUACUUACAUUUUUCUUUAAUUGAAACACGACGUUUAGUCGCUUUAUUACUUUAAAAACAAUAAAAUCUGCCUCUUUUGUAUAAACACAGAAAAGCUUGUGUUUUACACCUUUGACGUAAUAAAUUAAAAACUAUAUUAUAAUUUUCUUAUUUAUUAAAAACAUAAGAAAAAUUAAUUUGAAGAAAAUCCCGAACGAACGAAAAAGUCCGAAUAAAAUUUAAGAAAUUUUCGUGGCCACGAGUGUAUAUUCAAAACUGAAUUUAAGGUGCUACGUUUACUAAAGGUAUCGCAUUAUAUUGCAGCAGCAACUUUUACUCGGUUUCUUCCAUCGCUCCCAAAAAUGUUGAACUUCGAUUCAUCUUGAAAUACAAUUUCUUUUUUACAAGAAUUCAUCCUUUUUUUCUGUACGUCCUUUUGCUAAAUUAAAACGAAAUUUUCAUUUUAUUUGAAAAUAAUAGAUUAAUGUGUAUUAUGCUCCUGCGGAGCCUGUAUAUUUGCUACAUAUGUGUUCGACUAAUUUUGGAGUACUAAUUUUUUACUAUUUCGGAAAGUGCAAAAAACCAGCUGGUACGACGAGGUGUGCCGUGUCACAGCGGAGAGAAAACAGGCUGCCUACCUCGCAACGUUACGAUCGACAAUAAUACAUGCAGGAUGUGAUAGAUACCGAGAACUGAAGAGCUAAGCGAGACGCAUUUACGAACGGAAAAAGAGAGAGGCCGAAAUGCGUGAGUAUGAAGAGCUUGACAAGCUGGCCGACAGGGUAAUGUUCGAAAAAUCAACAAAAACGCAGAGCAUACUAAAAUUAAGGAGGGAACACUUCACCAGCCUGCUAAAAGGCAGUGAAAAUAUAACGCCAGGAGAAGGGGAACCCGAUUCCCCAAUCGAUGACGAUGGAGCAGAGGUUCCAUUGCCCGCAAAAACGAAGGCCGCCAACGCAAAAAGGAGUUCUACCCGAAAAAAAUUUGAUGCACCCCAAUGUUGAACCGACCAGGGUUAUUUUUUUUUGAAGCGCGGCAGAAGGCCGCCCACGCAAAAAGGAGUUCUACGCGAAAAAAAUUUGAUGCACCCCGGUGUUGGACCGACCUGGGUUAUUUUUUUUGAAGCGCGGCCGAAGGCCGCCCACGCAAAAAGGAGUUCAUAUAUGUAGAGUGCUCACGAGUUGCAGAAUUAUCUUUUGUACACCGGAACAGAAACCAAAAAAUGUUGUUUACCAAGCUGCGUUACAUUGAAAAAAAAAAAAAUUAAAUGAUAAAUUUAAAUUUCUUUUCAUUUCAAAACACAUAAUUUCGCGCAGGACAAGGCCUGUGGGGUCAGCUAGUGUUGAAUAAAUCUGUACAAACGUAUUAGUGAAAUGCUGGUGGAUAUGAAAGUUCAAAAUAUAAGUGCAAAACUAAUUUUAUAUCGAGAAAAUACGUACUUCAAAUAGUGGUAAUUUUCAACUUUAAACGCGAAUAUCUUGAAAACUAUAAGCUUAUAUAACUAUAUAUAUUCUUGAUCUGCAGAAUCUCCUCUAUUCGACCAUACCCAUUUUAUUUCCGAAAUCCUGGGACGUUGCCUUUAUGUCGCGAUAUCUGAUUUGGUAUCCCCGCAAGACUAAUACGAUUGUGUAAACUGACGUAAUCAAUAUCAAAAGCUCUGUCAUGAUCGGGAAAUACCUCUCCGAGUCGUUCGAUACCAAACGAGGUUUCAGACAAAGCGACUCUCUAUUGUGUGACUUCUUCAAUCUAUUGUUGAAUAAAAUAAUUCGAGCUGCAGAACUAAAUAGGGAAGGUGCAAUCUUCUAUAAGAAUGUAUAGCUGCUGGCGUAUGCCGAUGAUAAUGAUAUUAUUGGCCUCAACAACCGCUCCGUUAGUUCUGCUUUCUCCAGACUAUAUAAGGAAGCAAAACAAAUGGGUCUGGCAGUGAACGAGGGCAAGACGAAAUAUCUCCUGUCAUCAAAUAAACAAUCGUCGCACUCGCGACUUGGCACCCAUGCCACUGUUGACAGUCAUAAUUUCGAAGUUGCAGAUAAUUUCGUCCAUCUUAGAACCAUCAUUAACAGCAGCAAUAAUGUCAGCCUCGAAAUCCAACCCAAAAUAAUUCUUGCCAACAUGUGCUACUUUGGACCUCUCUCGACGAACAAAAAGUCCGUCCAGCUAUAUGGUGCAGAGAUAUGGACGAUGGCAACAUCUGAUGAGUCGUUAUUAUGAAUUUUCGAGAGAGAGGUUCUGCGAAAAAUCUAUGGUUCUUUGCGCGUUGGCCACGGCGAAUAACACAUUCGAUGGAACUAUUAGCUGUAUGAGAUAUACGACGGCAUUGACAUAGUUCAACAAAUUAAGAGGCUGCGCUGGCUAGGUUAUGUCGUACGUAUGGACGAAAACACUCCAGCUCUGAAUGUAUUCGACGCAGAACCCGCCGGGGGAAGCAGAGGAAGAGGAAGACCUCCACUCCGUUGGAAAGACCAGGUGGAGAAAGUCCUGGCUUCGUUUGAGGUUUCCAAUUGGCGCCACGUAACGAAAAUAAGUAACAACUGGCGCGCUGUUUUUAACUCGGCUAUAAUCGCAUAAGCAGUGUCUACGCCAGUAAAGAAGAAGAAGACUUUUCACUAUUUGUCCAUUUCUAUGACAUUUAAGCUACCGUUUUUAUGAGAUACUUACCAUUCUCAAAUGAAUACUGCGCGGGUUAAUUUCAGUAGAAUCAUUAUUUUUUAAGUUGUGUUUACAAAUGUUUGUACCGUCGUUUUUUUUUAUUUUUAAAAUUUCAUAAUAAAAAAUUUUUCAUUUUUAUAUUUUAUCACAAAAUUCUUUCUGCUAAGUGAUACAGUAUAAACUCGGUAACCGCAACCCUCGAUACACGCAACACCUCGAUUCUUGCAACACUAUAAAACAUAGCAAUGUAACCUUUAUAAGUGCAACUACUCAAAAAUAUUGACCUCAAUAACAGCAACUUUACAUCUAAAUAUGUUUUGCUUCAGUUCUUUUUUUGUCGGUUUCUUCUUAUGGCAUUUUUUGUUUUGUAUUCACAAACUGAUCGUUAUUUUACCGUUGCUCUGUCGACUUCGCUGUUUUUGUGUGUGUGUUAAGAGCAAUUGUCAACAAAUGACUUUCAUUAUCAGUUUAUUUUGCAACACGCCGGUAGUGUUUUAUGUGUAAAAGUCAUGGUGGUCACAAGAAAAUUAAUAAAACUAACAAUUAAAGAAAAAACUGAAAUUUUAGAUAAACUAGAAAGUGGUGUAUCGACAAAAGCUCUUUGUAUUGAUUAUAAAGUUCACAAGUCGACAAUUACGAGAAUAAAGAAGAAAAAAACUUGUUUACUUAAAUAUGCCACAAAUAUGGAAACUGGGCCAGGAAAACGGCAAACCUUAAAAUCUUGUGAAUUCCCAAGAAUGGAAAAGGCUCUCUACAAGUGGUUUUUGAAACAAAGGAGUGAAAAUGUGCCUAUAUCCUUCGAUAUCGUCAAAGCAAAAGCUCGCAAGCUCCAUGAGAAAAUAAAAGAAAAGACAGGAUUUUUUCAUGCAAGUAAUGGUUGGGUAUCUAAUUUCAAAAAGCGAUAUGGCCUCCGCCAAUUGAAAAUUUGUGGAGAGAAGCUUUCCAAUAAGACAGCGUCCGUCGACCCAUUUGUAAUACGUUUUAGAAAUAAAAUCAAGGAGCUUGAUCUUUCUGCAGAACAAAUUUAUAAUGCCGACGAGUCCGGAUUGUUUUUCAGGCAGAUGCCAGAUAAAACGUUGGUGAGCUUAAAGGAAUCAUCUGCUCCUGGUCGGAAAGUUAGUAAGGAAAGAAUAACAUUUCUUGCAUGCACAAAUGCUUCGGGUACGCACAAAGUUAAGCUCUUUGUCAUUGGAAAAGCAAAAAACCCUAGAACAUUCAAAAAUUUUCAAAAAAUGCCCGUUGUCUACAAGGCUAACAAGAACUCGUGGAUGACUUAUUUGUUUUUCGAAGACUGGUUUCAUCAUACGUUUGUUCCUGAGGUACGCGAAUUUCUAGAAUCCAAGGGACUUCCCAAAAAAGCCCUAUUGGUCUUGGAUAACGCCCCGUGUUAUCUUAAAGACAAUGAGAUGAAAAGUGAUGAUGGAAUGAUAACCGUUAUGUGUCUUCCACCUAACUGUACCGCGAUUCUCCAACCAAUGGACCAAAACGUUAUUAACUUAACAAAAGUCUAUUACAAAAAAAGUCUUUUGGAGCAUUUAAUAGGGAAUAAAACCACUCAUCUGGAAGAAAAAAUAAAGGAAUUCAACUUAAGACAUGCUAUCUGUCUUCUUGCAAGUUCAUGGGAAAAAGUGUCAGCAACCUCCAUUCGCAAGUGCUGGAAUAUGUUAGUGAAACCAGAUGUUGAGUGGAGUGAAGAGGACGAUAUUCCUCUCAGCAUUCUAAAAAGGGAAAUUGAAAAUGAACGCGCAAUCCUUGUAUCAAUGCUCCAAGAACUUGCACCAAAUGAUUCGUUCACAAAUGAAGAGCUAAAUGAAUGGAUGCACGAAAGUGCUGCUUAUCAAGAAGUGGAUAAAGAAGCCGUAGAAAUUGAAAAUUCCGAUGAUAGCGAAGCGGAUGUUAUUCCACAUCCUAAAAUGAAAGGAUCAGUUGCUAUGUAAUCUUUUAACACAUGCAUUCAGUGGGCUGAGGAAAACGAUAUUCCAAUAAAAGACAUUAUAUUUCUGAAGGAGCUUCGUGAAAGGGCUAUAAUAAAAACCCUUAAUAAGAAAAAAGUGCAGACAAUAAUACCUGAUAUGUUUAAAAAAUCAAAUUUUUAAUAAAAAAAUAAGCUUUCUAUAUCAUAAAACGAUUUUUAUUUGUCAUAUUUUUUGUUAUAUAUUUUUCCUCGCUGGGUGCAACAAACUCAAUAAGUGCAACUACCUAGAUUUCUAUUAGUUGCGAUUACCGAGUUCGUACUGUAUAUCUUUUCAACUACAACUAAAACCAAUAAUAAUCCAAUAAACCAAUAAUAACCUGUUUUAGUUUAUUAUGAUGCAUAGGAUAAAACUGUAUAAACGUUUUUUUGUAAAAAUUGCUUAUACUUUCAUAAUCACGAAAACUCUAGACUUUUGUCUGUUACUGUAUAUCCAUAGGACGCAAAAGAACAUACAUACAUACAUAUGUUUUGUAUACACAAAUACGAGGUGUGUUCAAAAAGUAUCGCGAAUUUUGUGUUUUUUCAAAAAUUAUUUAUUUAUUCAUGAAUAUCUAUUUUGUCCCCUUCAAAGUAAUCCCCAUGAGAUAUUCGCGAUACUUUUUGAACACACCUCGUAUACCACAGCUAUAAAUACACUCUUUUCAAACUUUUGGUAACGUUAGAUAUCUUAAAGCUUAGUAUCCAGUUCUCAAGAAAUGCAAAAACUUCAUAAAAAAGAAUUAGUCAAUUGGUCAAGAAAAUUUAACGCCGCUGCUAGUAGGCAGCUCUGAAGAAAUCGACUACUAAUUUUUAAUAAACAAUUAAUCAACAAUUCUUUCUUGAAGGAAAUUCAAAGUAAUCGUUAAAUUCAUCUUAAAUUAGUUAAAAUCAUUAUUAUGAAAUAUAGUUAAUUUUGAAAUGUUGUAUAAAACUUACCAAUCAUCAACCACAUUCCUUAAAUCUCAAUGAAAAUAUUUGUGUUGCCAUACACAUACAUACAUACAUACAUACGCACAAAGUUUGAUUACUUUGUUUAUUCUCUCUUGCUCUUCUAAUGUGAAUCAUUCACAAUGCGUAACUAGCUUUCAAAAUUACUUGAAGAAAUAAUGUAUUUUUUUUUUCUUAAGCAGCGAAGAUUUAACUUUAUUCAAACAGUCUUACUAUACUCGUACUAUUACAUCAUCAGUCAUCACCACUUAUUUUAUUUAUCUUAUUGAAACUUUGUACACGUAUUCUUUGGCAAAAAAAUUAAAUUAAAAAUAAGCAGCAUGACAGUAAAUUUUUUGCAAAUUGAUUUCUUUGCAGAUUAAAUUUUUAGAACCUUUUGUUAGUUUCAUAGCACGAUCCAUGAAGCCUUAUCCUUAUCAAUUUCCAGUUCUUUCAGCUGAUGGAAUAACUAUUCAUAACAGUUAGGGUGCCAUAUAUAAUAAAGUUGAAGUUUAUACUCGACCCAGAAUGUCUGUGAACAUUUUGAUAUAACGGUAUUUACUCCAAUAGGCGAGUUGAGAAUAGAUAACACGAAUUCAAGCAACAGAAAUAAAAAAGGGUAUUAGUGGUACUCAUUUAAUGCCGCAAACUUGUGGCAUUUAUUGCAAAAUUUCGCAGAAUGGCAAUAUCGGAAAACAGCUGUUCAUUUUUUACGUUUUACAUUAUCAGUGAAAUUACAUUCAUUUUUUCAUCUCGCGUUUUGAUUUCUCCGCUGUAACAUGGUAAAUGUAAGUGCAUUUAAAUAUAAUGUUGUAUUAUUUGAUUAUUUUAAAAUUAAUUAAUUAAAUAUUUAUAGAAAAUAGAUGGCGGAUAAACAGAGAGUUUAGGUGGACGGAGCAGAAAACAACAAACCCGGUCACAAUUAUCUUGGACAAUAUAGAGGGCUUCUGCACCAGUCUAUUUUUGAAAUUGAAAAGAAAAAAGUUGGUUUUGAAGCCCGAAAACUUGAACUUUGGAAAGAAAAGAAGAAAAUAGUUUCAAUAACAAAAACCAAGGCUGGAGAAAGUAGAGCGAAUCGAAGUGAAAAAAUCCGAUUGAAGCAUAAACGAUUAAAAAGAUGAAACAAGUAAUAAUUAGCUGAAAUGUGUUAUAAUUUUAUCUUCUAUCUUGAACCUUAAUUUCUGAAGUCUGAAAAUGUUUUCCUCCUUUUAAACUUUUGAAUCGUUCAUUUUUCAUGUAUGUAUGUUCGUUUGUAUGCGUUUUUAUUGAUUGCUAAAGGUGACUGACCUACAUUGUCUACAUGAAAAAAAUUGUAUUAUGUUAAUAUUCUCAAGCUUUUCCAUUAAACUAAUUUGAGUUACUUUUUUAUAAACGUAUGUUUUAUUAUAUAAGAAUUACUGUAUAUAUAGAAUAUGCAUAUGUAUGUCUACGUAAAGAAAUUGAACUUAAUUUGAAGAAAUAAAAAAACAACUGAAUUUUCUGUAUGAUUUUAUUUAUUUGUUAUUUGAAUAAUUAACAGUUCAAAGAUUGUUCGUCGCCCCACCUCUGUCUAAUAACUCUGCAAUUUCGUGUCAAAUUUUUCUUUCAACAUUCAAAAACAGUGUUCAAUGGCAAUCACGACUCAAUGUUUUGUUUAAAAAAAAAUUAGCUUUGUUAUAAGAUUGGCUUAUGUACAUUAUAGUUAGGCCUUUAUAUGAAAUGCUAUUUAAUUUAAUUUAUCGUAUAUCUCCACUGCUAUCAAUCACAUUGUGUCAUUAAAUUCGGGGAAGUUGGAAAAAAGUUACAGCUGUUCAGAAAUGGGUGAAAAUAAUGAAGAAAUUCUCUAUAUUUUGAAACUUUUGUAUAAAAAAGGGAAGAAUGCUAUGUAAGCCAUCAAUGAAAUUUGUGAAGUUUAUAAAGAGGAUGCUGUAUCAGUUCGUGUAGCACAACAAUGGUUCGCUGGCUUCCACUGACUAGUGGAAAAUGGCAAAAAGUGGUCGACCAAAAUGGUACAUAUUUGUUUAUUUAUUUAUUGAUAUAAAUAUAAAAAAGUAAGCUGAAGUUUGAUUAGAAAUACGAAAAGACUUUUUUGACUACCCAAUAUAUGCACUAUCACCUGCGAUCCAUUCACCACCAAAACGAAACUGCUUUAUUUGACAACUCGCAAUUAUUAAAAAUACUUAUGUCCACUUUUGAAAUUACUUAUGGCACACGACUUGAGCCUUAACUGAAUAAAUGUUCUGCCGUGAAAAGUACGCUUCUCAGUCUUGUGCCGGUUUUUCCGCCAAAAGUAUUUCGGUGCCAUCAACGAAUCUUAUGGAGUUAGGUAACUCACUCCACGUUUCAGAAAAAAGCGUUUUGGGUUGGAUUUGCUAAAAUAUAUAGUGUUUUUUUUUUUUAUUUUAAUAGGGCAUUAAAAAUGUGCUAAGUUACAUUCUAAAAAAAAGAAAUACGUUAUGCGGAAAACUAACAAACUCUGACCUGAAUGACACCACCACUAUUGGCAAGAACCCAAGCGAUACAGAACAAUUGCGAGUUGCGUUUCAACUGGAAACUGUUUACAUGAUCGAGCUGGAGCGUUGAAAAGAUCAUCCUCCUUUAAUAAAAUCAGUAUAGUUUCAAAAAUGUUCACUUAUUUUAAAAAUAACUUAAAUGUGUAAAUACAUAUAUGUAUAUAGUGUAUCUACAUUUUUCAUCUAGAACCAACACAUACUAUACAUGCCGCACCGAUUAGUAAUUUUAAUAUUAAAAACUAAAAUCGCGAAAAUCAGUGAUUUUUCGGAGGGUCACACUGAGACGAACCCUUAAUUUUUACUUUUGAUAAAUUUAGAACAGCUGACUUAUUCCAAUAUUGUCACGAACCGCUCAUGGGCUCAUAUUGCAUCCAAGUUUCCAUUUCGUCAGUUUGGCUUUUUGCCACCAUUAUAUUAUACAUAUGCAUGUAUGUAUAUAUGCAACAAGUAGUAUUACUACCUCAAUAGAAAGAAAGAAAAUUUAUUCAGGCUGCAAAGUUUAAGAAGUUUUUUUGAACGUUCCUGGUUCAAACAUAAUUUCAUAACUUCAGGAAGUCCUUACUUCGGAGUUUUGCAAUCGAUACGUCCUAAUUGUUAGAGAUUUUAACAUUUGGACUACAAUAGGAAAUAUUCUUCAAAAAUAACUUUAGUUCCCCGCUUGGUGUAGAAUUUUUUUAGUACUCAAACCGAUUAGGCUUUUUCAGAUCCAUGUUAAUGCAAUUACUUAUGAGACACUACACAGCUACCGUGAUAGUAUUUGCGUCUCUAAUCCAAGUGGUGAUCCAAGUAGAUGUACUUCUUCAAUGUCUUUUUUUCACAGAUCACGCGUGAGUCGUGUCAAGCUGUCAUGUUAUUUUUUGCAGUAUUGUUUGGCAUUUCAUCAAGGAAAUACUUACGCCUAAACAACGUUUACAAGUCGUUUAACUUUUUUUCCGGAAAUUCACAAUCUGUAAAGAAUGUGUUUCGCGCGCUUCGCUCAACUUAUGGUUAACAUAAUCGGCAGCAACUUGGACUGACGUAUGCAGCGACUUGGCGCAUUUUACGUCCAGAUCUUAACUUGAAAGUGUACAAAUACAGCUUGUGCAAGUGCGGAAUCUGCCCGAUCUUACCAAGUGACAUAGCUUCGCUCUAUGAGCUCUUGAAAAGUUCUAAGAAGAUUCGACGAUUUCAAGCAAAAUUUGGUUCCAUUCCCUAUAAAAUUUUAAGUUUCUGUACUUUUCUUUAAAAAAGUAAGGAAUGGAUCACUCUUUACUUCGAAUUAAGUUUUCAGACUUAGCACAACAGUUCUUGCUUUGUUUUCAAACAUAAUGACAUUAGAAUGGUAUAGAUAAAAUAUUGUAAUAUAUAAAUAUUUUAAUUAAGCAAUUUUAAAUUACAUGUGUUAUUUGUUAUUAAAUAACAAUUUUUAAAUAUAGAUAGAAACAAAAUACUCUAAAAUCAAAUGAAACGUAAUUUGGAACAUGUAAAUAAAUUUAUACUUAUAGUAGGGGAGCCCAAGAGGGGAUUUUUGCAGUUACUUAAGCGUGUCAGAAAACUAUAUGGGGAGAAACAUUGCACCUUUUUAUGUACCCCAACCAAAUAUGAGCCCUUAAUAUGGAGGCGUGCGUUGUGGGGGGUUCGUCAGAUUAGAGAAAAAAAUCGAUCCUUCGGGAAACUCGAGCGCGUAAGAUUAAGAGAUGGUAAGUUAAAUGCAUGAAGACGAGUGUAUAUUUCAAUAUUCUGACAGUUUGAGGGUGGCUUACAGAAAUAGCAGGGUGACAAAUCUGUAAAAAAAAACGUCACCUUGAAAUACUCGAGCGCGAUAGAUUUUUUUUCAUUUUAAAGGUAAUUGUGUCAGAAGCACGAAAAUCAUAUAAUCUGACAAUUUCCGUGUGGCGAUACAGGUAAAAUCGUCGACAAAAGGUCCGCUUUUAAUUCGUUUUUUUUUGCUAACAAAGUCGUCGCCAAAGCAACGGGUAAGUGCCGCUAUUUUUUUUAUAAACAAUCUUUCUAACAUCCAUUGUAAAAAUGAGUGACGUUAGUGUAAAAUGUGUUUUCUGUGGCGAAGAAAUUUGUGGAAAAUUCAAAAAGUUUACUCCACAAGCUUUAAAUAAAUGUAUAACUGUUUUGGAGUAUCGUAAAGCGAAGCUGGUUGUCAGGAAAUCGAGCAACGCUUAUGCUACUGUUGAACUGUCAGAAGAAACCUCAUUGAACGAUAGCUAUCAUACCCAGUGUUAUAAGCUUUUUACAGCACUUAAAAUACCAUCUGAUUUUGGAAGACAAAUUCAAAUUGGUACAGAAAGUGAGCAGGCCCGUGUUAAUGUACCAGAACUUUCUGGAGAGAGUCUCGAAAUAUCUACUCCUAGCACUUUCAUAAUAAGGGCUGUUGAUACAAUAGACGAGUAAAUGUUAAUGUAAUUAUUAUUUAUUAUAUUGUAUUAAAAAAAAAUAAAGAGGAAGCUCAAGAAGUGGAAACCAACUUCGACGAUGACUCGAAUGACGAAAAUUGACAUAUUAUUUUUGUAUUUUAUUUUUUCUAUUUUCAUAUUAAUAAAUUAUUAAAUUUUCUAUUUAUAUAUAUGUAAACAGAAUUCUUCCACUUUUAAAUCGUCAGAUUAACGAUAUGCCUCUAUAUAAUUGUCAGAUUACUUUUGGGAAGACUCUGACACCAAGUUCAUCCCCCUGUAUAAAAAUCUGACACACUCGAGUAUCUUUUUUUUUACAAGUUUUAAAAUUAAUAAAUGACUUUUGUCCACGUCGAAAUUGUCAGAAAUUGAAAUGGUACACUUUUUAGAGGUUCAUUAACAUUCGCUUAGAAAAUCUGACACGCUCGAAUAACUAUUUUUUUUUUUUUUAAUCUGUCAUUACGGCCUUCAACCCUGACUUGAUUGUCAGAUUAAUAUAUAUCGACUAUCAGAAAUACAAUGCGCGUAUAUAGCAUAAAUGACUGACGCGCUUGAGUAUUUUCAUGUGACUGUUUUUUUUUUUUACAUUUUUGAAACCAAUUACCCGCUCUUCUUCCCACUAAAAUGGAAAACUUCACCUAGACUUUCUUUUUUUUUAAACGUUAUCUUGACAAUCUAGUAAGUCUCCAUGACGCUCCAGUAACUGCAAAUUUAGCAUUCCGGGCUCCCCUACUAUUAGGGAAACUCUAUUAAGACUUAUGUUUAAAAUAACAAAGAUUACAUUUUAUAUAUAUCAUAAGUGUAUCGUAAUAUUGAUAUAAGAAAUACAAUUUUUUAUUCUUUGUCAUAAAACGAUUUAUUUUCAUAUUCCUCAAUACAUUGGUAUGCGUUUUAAAUUAAUUACAAGCUUAUAAAACAAAACUAUAAUACGGUUUCCCACAAUUGGAGUAAAUUCGUAAAAAAUCCUCUAAAUAUUUUAACUGCGAAUGUAAAUAAUUGUGGCACCACUUAUUUCUAAUUAAAAUUUACACGGAAAUCUCAUAACCACUUUACUCUGUGAGACUAUAAGUAGUUACGCCCGAACAUAGCCCUUCCUUAUUUUCUUUAAUAUCAUUUAAUUUAAUUUAAUAUAUUUUUCUAGAUGUCAAAUAUUCGACGUGUUUGCAUGUGAUAAAUUUUAAGAAAGCCAGAUAACUUACAUGCUUAGGGUUGUUAAAAAAGGCGUGUGUUUUUUUCCGCAUCGUAUUCUGAAAAAUUGGUUGAUAGACACCUCUAAGAAAGACUCUCCAAGUAUGUGCUUUUAAUUUUAACGGGAAGGUCCAUAAACUAACGGUUUCUUGUGGAUUUUGUAUGAAAUUGCUCUAUUCUAGUUUUUUUAUGAAAUUUACUGCUCUACAAAAAUUUGCUUUAUUUCAUAUUAUUUAAUUUCUGUUAAAAAUAUAUUUUUAUUAUUUUUUGUUUUUUGACCAUGAAUCGAAAAAUUAAAUAAAAUUGAAAUUUAAAAUGAUGUUUAUUUAAAUGACGAAAUGAUGUUUAUUAUUAAUUGCAAGGCCCAUAGUCUUGCUUGUGAGAUAUAAAAAUCCAAAAAACAACUUUAUAAAAAUCCAAAAACAACUUUGCCUUGAAAUAGUUAAACUUCAACCGUUUAUAUUUUUAAAACGAUUAAGUUUACGAAAAACCCUAGAAGAUCACUUUGUAUUUCAAUUUCAAUUUGUUUUUUAAGUGGUUGAAAGCGAGAUACAAUUUUUUCUUAUCUGAUAAUAUGAAAAAAAUAAAACCGUUAGGUGGAGGAUCCUUCCGUUACAAUUAAGACCUCAUACUUUGUAAGCCUUUCUUAGUGGUCUAUCAACCAAACGAAAAAAAAAUAGCUUUUUUGACCCACCAUAAUAUGUAUGUCAGUAUCGUUUUUAUUUUUGCUAACCAUUUAACGAUUAUUUAUUUGAUAAUCAUAAUUUACAGUGUUUCCAUGAAGUUAGACUGUAAAAACUCUAAUAGUUUAUGACAACCUAAAUAUAAACUUUUAAAUAACUUUUCUCUUUUAUAAAGUUAAAUCAUACGAGGUUGUUCAAUAAGUUUUGUCGUUUGAUAAGAAAAACACAAUUUUGUGAUUCAAAAUAUAGUUUAUAAUUCAGUAUAAUCUCCCUGAACAUUAAUACAUUUGCUCUAACGAUCCUCCAAUCUGUGAAUCCCAUCCCUGAAGUGAGAAUCGGGAAGGUCUGCAAACUACGCUCCAAUGAUACCCUCUUCAUUUGAUAAAAAAAACGCUUGCUUUGGAUUUUAGCCAUUGACAAAAUGCUCUUGCGACAAGGUGCAUUGCCCUGAUGAAAAACGAUUUUUUUCUUCUGCAAAGCGUGGCCUUUUUCACGAUUUUUUUCUUUCAAUUGGUCCAAAAGGUUGCAAUAAUAUUCAGAAUUAGUUGUUUUAUAAGUUUGGAACUAAUCCACAAAUAAAUUUCCUAUCGCAUCUCAAAAAAUUUAUGUCACAACCUUCUUUGCCGAUAUCCGGACAGGAGCUCGCUUCGAAGCCGAACAUCCAGGGCUAUACCACUCUUUAGCCUUUUGUUUUUAUUCAGAAUCCUGGUGAUAAAUCCAAGUUUCAUACAUAGGGAUGAAUCGACGCACAAAAUCCAUUUUAUACUUUUUAAAACGAUCCAAAUGUUGCGGAGAAAAUCGCAUUCGAAUGUGCUUUUGUUCCAAUAUUAGCGAAUUCGGCAUCCAUUGUGCACAUAGCUUUCUAAAACCCAAAAUUUCACUUAAAAUAUGGCUCACAUUUUUACUAAAUUUCUCUCAGUCAAUCAACGAUCUUCACAACCAUUUCUCAAUCACAAUUUUUUUUAAUAGCCUGUACAAAAUAAUAAAAUAAAAAGUUGAAUAAAACAGUUUUUGUUUUAUAUAGUAAGUGAUUUUUUGUAACUAAAUACAAGUAAGAGAUUACAAUAAAACAAAAAUUAAUUCAAGUUUGUAUUUUGGCUAUGAUUUCUGGUGUCGAUGCGCUUUUUAGAUGUCCUUCACGUGGAUCGUCUUCAAGGUUUGUACGACCACGUUUAAAUUCAGCAACACAUCUUUCUACUGUUCUAAUUGUAGAUGUACAAUCAUUAUACACUUUUAAUAACCUGGUAUGUCUUGCAUAAAUUCUGUUAUAAAGUUUGUAAUGCGCACAGCGAGGACAAAAUCAUAGAAAAAAGUACCGUUAUUUUUUAAUAUUAUAUAAUUUGUAUAGAGGGUCUACUCGUAUAUGUAUAAUAAUCAGUGCAGUGUUCAGAUAGAGAAAAUCGUACUGCGGUGAUUGUUUUACAUAAGUGUGGAAAAAGCGCAAGUGAAAUUUAUGAGCUUUUCAAAAUAAAAUAAUCGAGAUUGUUUGUUUACUGUACUAUUGAUCGUUUUUCGCGAACGUUUUCAGCUGAUGACAGAAAGACAGGUGAUCGUGAUUGCCUGAGAAAAGAUGUUUAGAAGAUGUGGUAAAGUAGUUACGUAAUAUUCUCACCGAUAGAGAACAUUGGAUCUUCCAGCAAGAUUCUGUUCCAGGACAAGGCAAAACCACCUGCAGUGUCUUAAAAAUAACAUUCCUGGUUUCAUAGCUACAAAUAAUUGGCCUUCGGGAAAUCGAGUCUCAACAAAUCUUUAUAAAUAUUUGUUCUCUGAUUAGUUAUACUAACUUAGCUUUAUAUAACCGCUUAAAAGAGUUAAAGUUUGUGGGAAAACCCAGCCCCUUGCAUGCAAGCCCUCACCAUUGCGGAAACGUGUUUGAUUGUAGCAAGCAAGUUUUGUGAUAAAAACACUUCUUUGUAUUUGAGCCAUAUUUUUUGUUUGUUAACUUGCUUUCAUCGCUAAAUAAGAUUUUGCAUCUUCAUUAAUAUAUUUUGUAGCAAAAUCAACACGUUUUUAUAUAUUAAUUUACUAGCUGACGCGGCGAACUUCGCCCCGCCCAAUUUUUAUUUUUUUUUGGAAGUCAUAGACUCGUAUAACUUUACCACAAAUAAUAUAAACUUCAAACAACGCAUUUUCAUUUAAUGUUUUUAAUGUUUGUAGCGCCAUCUACUGUAACAUACCGCACUCAAUACCGCUCUUAGCGCCACCAACUGGUGGAUAGCUCUUUGCUAAUAAUAAACAAAUAAUUUGCAAUAAAUAAAUAAUGCGACUAUAAGGAGAGUUAUAAACUAUCCUAUCUUUCAAGUUGGACCAAACUGCACACAGUGUUGAAAAUUUCAUUAAAAUCGGUUCAGUAGUUUAAGAGUCCAUCGAAAACAAACAUCGUGACACGUGAUUUUUAUAUAUUAAGAUUAAUAAACGGUUUUUGGGUACACACUUCUUAAAGUUUCUGGAUGCUCAGAAGUAAUAGAGCUUUAAAAUGUUUCGCAAUUUUUUGACGAAACCCGAGGAUUUUCUUUAAUUUCUCCUGAAAAAGUCCAGCCAUGCUGACAAAACCACUCGAAACUCUUUAUGGAGGUCUGAUCGUUCAUCCCAUUCGUAAGUUAUUAAGUGUUGGUCUCUUUGCAAAUUCUCUUAAUGUAUGCUUCGGUGGUCACAAUGCGUUGGACCACUGGCAUUUUGUAUUAGAACAAAGCUCUAUUAGUUAUAUGAAAUAUUGGUUUAUCUAAUAUGUUUAUUUGAGUAUUUUUGAUAGAGCUUAAUUGUUAUUAAAUUCAUGCAAAUUUCUGUCCUUCAUCCUACACAUAUGUAUAGAAAAUAUUUUUC